CAGCCGCAGAAGAAAGAAGGAAACAGACAGAGAGAUGAGCGAGUGCAGCGAGCAGUGGGACAACACAGGGGGAGAUGAGAUAACCAUGAAUAAGCAGGGGGAUAGUACAGUAGGGAGAGGACAGGGGGAGACAGGAGAGGGAGAAAAGAAAAGAGUACAAGAGAGUGCACAGAAUAAGGAAGAGAAGCAGAAAACAGAGUCACAAGAGACAGCUCAGAUACCAAAGAGGCACAACAAGGCGCAGCAGUGCCCAACAGGAAUGACUCUAGAAUUGGAGACUCCAAAAGAGACAGCUAAAGAAAAGGAUAAAGCCAAAUAUAAGGUAGAUAAAAGUGACAAACUCAAAGAGACAGUUCAGGAACAGGAGACACCUAAGGAAGUAUCUGAGAUACAGGUGACACCUAAAGAAACACUUCAGGGACAGGAGAAAUCCAAACUGACAACUCAGGAACAGGAGAGUCACAAAGAGAUAUGUCAUGGAAAGGAGAUACUCAAACAGACCACUCAAGAUCAAGAGAGACCCAAAGAGAUAGCAAAGGAACAAGAGAGACUGCAACACACUGAACAGGAGAGGCACAAAGCUGAUCAGGAAAAGGAAGAAGCCAAAGAGUUAACUAAAAAGGAAGAAACACAUAAAGAGAGUGUUAAAAAAAAUGACAUACAAAAAGAGUUAGCAAAAGAUCAUGAGAUCUGUAAGGAGUCAGUUGAAAUCACUCAGAAACAAGAUGGAGAAUCUAAAGAGACAGCUGUGAAACAGAAGGAACAAAGAGAGAAAUCUAAAAAAGCUGUGCAAACAAAAGAGACAACAGCCAAGAAUCAGGAAUCAUACAAAGAGACAGAUGAAAAGCUACAGAAUGUACUGGCACAGGAUGAGAAGGAAGCUCAGAAAAAGGAAAUACACAAAGACACAGUUCAGGAAAAGAAAAAACAUAAAGAGACUGGCCAGGAGGUAAAGCGACACCCAGAGACAACAAAGGCAAAAAAAGAAUUGGUUCAGAAACAGGAGCAACAAAAAGAGACAGCUGAGAAUAAUGAUGUACACAAAGAGACAGUCCAGACCCAUGAUAAGAGAAAAAACAUUCAGAAGGAGCUACACGAGGUGGCAGCUAAGGGAAAGAAAAAGCAGGAGAGAGAUGUAGGAAAGAAAGAGACAGAUAAAGAACUGAAGGCAGCAGAGUCACAGAAACAAAUUGCUCAGGAACAGAAGAAACCCAAAGAGAUAGUUAAGAGUCAGGUGGAAAACAAAGAGACAGCUUGGUGUCAGGUGGAACACAAAGAGACAGCUGGGAGUCAGGUGGAACACAAAGAGACAGCUGAGAGUCAGGUGGAACACAAAGAGACAGCUGGGAGUCAGGUGGAACUCAAAGAGACAGCUGAGAGUCAGGUGGAACACAAAGUGACAGCUGAGAGUCAGGUGGAACACAAAGAGACAGCUGGGAGUCAGGUGGAACACAAAGAGAGAGCUGAGAGUCAGGUGGAACACAAAGAGACAGCUGGGAGUCCUGAGAAAAAUAUUAAGACUGCUAAGAGUCCAAAAGGACACAAUGAGACAGUUUUGAGUGCAGAGGGGCACACUGAGACAGCUAACAGUGAGAAGGGAUACUACAAGAAGACACAAGGGAAUCUUGAGGAACACAAUAAAAGAAAAGAGAGUGAAGAGAGACACAAAGAGAAAGCUAAAAGUCUGCAGGGACACAGUGAGACAACUGUAAGUCAAGAGAAACAUAAAGAGACAGCUGGAAGUCUGCAGGGACACAGUAACACAACUAAGAGUCAAGAGAGGCACAAAGAGACAGUUGAGAGUCCAGGAGAACACAGAGUGACUUCUCCAGUGGCCCAGAGCAUAAGCCAAUGGCUUGGUGCAGUUCACCCAUCUCUUGACUCUGAGGAGCCCCAGUCACCCCAGGAUUGGCUGGCGUUGUGUGACAUUGAGUGGGGGCUGAAAGUGAGAGGGAUCCCAUUGCUGCAGAGCAACAACUGGAAAGAUAUUUAUAAGAAAAAGCCAUUUGGUAGAAACUUCCUGAAAAGCCCGAAUCCUGAGGGUUUAUCCACUACCCAGCCGCCUCCCUUGGAGAAAGGUGACCCCCCUCCGCAGAAAAAGCCCCUGGAGACUUUAGGUAAUUUCAGUGGUUGGCAAAUCAGUACAGAGGAAAUUCCAGUGGACACAAGUCGAGUCCCCUCCGGCGUGGUUGUGUGUUACCUGCCCGUUUACAGUUGGUGUGUAAAGGAGCAGAUGGUGGAUCUGUUGGCUGAAGGUCUCUGGACUAAUCUGCUGGAUUCAUAUCAGCCGGAUAUUUACGUACUGGACUGGUACGAAGACAGCAAACUGCACAAACAGGUCUAUGAGCUGCAUGUAAAGUUACUGGGAGAUGAUAAACAGACAGUCUUAGCCCAGCAGGACCUAACCCCUGAAAAUGACAUGAGUGGUGACUCCAAAGGAUGGAAUAUGGUUUCACAUAUAUUUAAGGCUUAUGGGCCAGGUGUUCGAUAUGUUCAUUUCCUACACAAGAGCAAAGACCUGUCUGUCCUGGGGUAUCACCGUACACGGGUUGCAGACAGCACCUUAUUUGCACAGCUCAGAGGAUGAGCACUUGCUCCUCACAAUAGUUAUCAAUAAAUUGCAUAUUUAUCAAUAAAUUGCGUAAUUGUCACCUCAUCCAAA